GUUAAGCUCAGGCUGUAAGUACGAACGAACGCGUCAACCGAGUGUCGUGUGAUGUGCUUUCGGUAGUGAAUAUUUUUUCUUUUAGGGGGCUCGAUGGAUUUUAGAUGGAUUUUGAUUAUCGCCCUGCUUAGCGUCAGAGAUACAUUUUGUGAAACUUUUGCCAGUGUACCAUCGGCGUCUAUAGCUCCAUCGGAGGUGGAUUGUCAACCAUACGUAGAGAAAGCCAUCAAAGAAUUAGUUACUCCAGAACCUAUUGGAAGUACAGAACGCGACCAAAACAUUCAGAAUGAAAGCCCCACAAGUGGAAGCACUCCAAAUGAUGAUGUUACAAGCUCGAGUUCUCAAGAUGGUAAUUCUCCGGAUGAUAGCAGAUCGAGUACACCAGCCGAACCGGAAAAGUUCAAAAAAGAAGAAGAAACAACCAGARACGAAAUAAAUUUAAGUGAAGGUGUUAGUGAAAUAAUUGAAAUUGAAAAUAAUAUUAAUGAAGUAACUGAUGCUGAAGAAAUCCGUCCACUUGAAAUAACUGAAAAAAAUCAAACAUAUAAAACUGAAGAAGAUAAUGAGAUUGAAAUCGUUAGUGAAGAAGAAGAAAAUCUGGAAAAUAAUAGUAURAGUGUUGUAGAAAAUGAAGUAAAAGAAUCCGAAAAAGAAACUGUACCUAUUAUUUUAGACAAAGAUUUAGUUACCAAUAACAUUGAAAUUAUAAUUGAUGUUGAGGAUAUAAAAAUAAAAAAUACURAUAAAAUAGAAGAACCUAUUGUGACCAAGAUACAAAUAGAAGAAAAAAUAGAAGCUACUAAUGUUGAAAAAAAAAUGGAAAUCCCYAAACAGUUAUUUAAAGGAACAAAAAAAAGGAACCCAAAAUAUUGGAAGUUUGAUCCGGACGAUGAACCUGAAAAUGUUGUUCCAAUUGUAAAACAAAAACCAAAAAGAAAUCUGAAAUACUGGAAAAUUGAUCCCGAUGAAUUUCCACUUGAAGAAGCGCCUAAACCCGUUGAAACUCCGAAAUUACGUAAUCCUAAAUAUUGGAAACUCGAUCCAGAAGAAGAAAAAUUGUACAAGCUAGCAGAAGCUAAAAAGACUGAAGAAAAAAUAAAAUCAGUUCCUCAGAAAAAAAAAAGAAAUCCUAAAUACUGGAAGUUUGAUCCAGACGAAGAAGAAAUAGGAGUAGAUAACGAAAAACAUUCUAUAAGUGAUAAUACGUUAAAUAAACAAAGUUCAAAUCAAAUUUUCAAAGGAACAAAAAAACGAAAUCCAAAAUAUUGGAAAUUUGAUCCAGAUGAAUAUGAAGAAGAAAUAAAAAAAGAGCCAGUAGCUAAAGUUAAGCGAAACCCUAAAUACUGGAAAUUUGAUCCCGACAUCGAACAAGAUGAAACUAAAAAAACGGCUGAAGAAGAUAAAAUGGAAGAAGAUACUCAUAAAAUAUCAGAAACAACUGAAGAUAUAARAAUAUUAAACGAUAAAGAAGAUGAUACAUCAAAACAGAACAAGUAUUGGAAAACAAAUGAACCAAAUAAGGACACAAAAACAAUAGAUCAAAAAGACGAAGAAAAACCAAAAAAGAAUAAAUAUUGGAAAACAGAAGAAAUUGAAAACAUUAUACCCGAUGAAAUAAUAAAACAAGAAGAACCAAUCGCAAAAAAGAAUAAAUACUGGAAAACAGAAGAGACGGAAAAAMMAAAAGAAGUGAAAGAUGAAGAUAAUAUGACGUCUAAAAAAAAUAAAUAUUGGAAAACAGAAGAAAAACCCGUAGACGCAGUAAAAGAAAAAAUAAUUGAAACUCAAAGAAGUAUGUAUUGGAAACUCGAUGAAGAAGAAAAAUUAUCAAAAUCAGAAAAACAAACUAAAAACGAAAAUAUUAAAACUACUGAAGAUGAAGUCACAGUUGAAGAAUACCUGUCUGAAGAAGAUUUGACAAUGGAUGAAGUAGUACCAAAGAAUCUACGAAAUAAAAGUCAUAUAAAACAAACAUUAAAAAUAGGUGAAAACACUGCACAGCAUGAUAGUUUUCUAUCAAAAGUUGUAGAUUCGACAUUAAAAGAAUUAAAAAAAGUAUAUGAAGUGGCAAUUAAACCGUUGGAAAUGACUUUCAAGUACAGAGAUCUGAGUAAUAGACAUUUCGGAGAGCCAGAAAUAUUCUCUAAACCACUCAUUCUGUUUAUGGGACCUUGGAGUGGUGGUAAAUCUUCAAUAGUUAACUAUCUUUUAGACAUUGAGCAUUCUCAAUUUGCAUUAAGAACUGGAGCGGAACCAUCU